AUGAGUCAAUGGGAGGUUGAUUCCAUUGAAGAGUAUCUCAACUAUACCAUGAGUUUGUUGGACCUUCUGAAUUGCAUUUCUUCUUCUUUUUCUCAUCUUGGCCAAGCUAGGCUUUCUCUAGCUCAUGGUUUGAGUUUGACUAUGAUGGAAAAGGAAAAGUCACAUUCUUUGGAAAGAAAACAUUUGAAAACAAUCCAACCAUCAGGGUGUUUUAGCUCCAAUUUUGGUAGAUAUCUUCACACAAAAGAUCAAAAAGCAAAGAAUUUUUCUGGUAAGGAGUGGAUUGUUCAUGAGGGUGUAAAGGAAAUGAAGAGUACUGGAUUUUGGGUUUGUGGAGUUCUCUUAUCUUGCUUAAAUGGUGAUUGUAAUCCAUACAUGGAACUAAGAAAAACUGCUGGUGGGUUUGAAAGUUCUCUAGUCGCCACACUUGACUUCAAAAUCAGUGGCAAGUUAGUGAAGAAAAAGCCGAGCUUCUGCGAGAUCAAAGAGAUGAAUAAUGGUGUUGCUUACCUUGUUGCUGGGGAUGAAGUAAGACAUGAUGCAGCCAAAGAUUUGCAGAGAAAGCUGUGUGAGUUAAAUAAACUAUUUGAUGAUAUAAGCAAGGAAGUUGAUAAUUUAUUUAAUGAUGUAAUGAAUCAAAGAACUAAGUUAGUUAAUGGAUCUCGACUACAGAAAUACCAACAAAUAUAA